GCCAGCUCAGCAAAUGCAUGUUGAUGCACUAGAAGGUUGUGCCAUCACGUGUGGCUAGACACAUAUCUCUCUCUAAUUCGUUUGUAUUCUCUUUACUAGAAUACUCAAAGAAGAAAUACAUAACCUAAUAAUCCCCAAAGAAGAUCGGUUCAGCUACUUAACCAAAUUCCCUGCAACUAUCAUGGAAGCUCUUGACAAAGUUAAAUCAGUGCUGCCUUGUUGAUGUGUCUAUAACUAUACAUACUAUUUUCCUUACUAUAGGUAGCAGUUUCUUCUACAACUACAAAUCGUAAGGAUUAUAGACAUCAGAAUGUCACUCCUUAUAUCCAUGAUAUUCUCUGUCUAUGUAAUCAUACUUGUUCACUCCUUAUAAUGUAGUUCAUCUAAAGAAGCUCGAAUAAAAUCCCUAUAAAGUAGUUUGGUCUAGAAAACAGUUUGUUCAUGUUUUAGUUUCUAAUAUGACAUUCAAUUGCCGACAAAAAAAAAGUAAUAGUAAUUUUUAAUAAUUUGAUGUAAGACAGGAAAUGAGAUAGGCAGACAAGAGUGUAGGAAACAUACUAGAAGAGUUGGACAAAAAAAGAACUAUGUUGACCUAAAAAAGAGUUAAAUAUAUAUGUUAUGCUAAAAAGAGAAGAUUUGAAUGGUUUAGUUUAUUAGUUCUUUUACAAUUUUUUUUUUGUUAAACUCUUUUACAAUCUUGUGGGUUAAAAGUGAAAACUCAUCCUCUGUAUUUUCAAACUCUUAUCUCUACGUGUGCACAAACCUCACCAUUAGAUGAUAAGUAGAAGACAAAACUUACAGCCAAAUAGAAAAACUUAUCACUCUCCAAAACAUUUGGUCCAUACGAUAAAGCAAGAAGAAGAAGAAGAAGUAAAGGAUGAAGCAUGAAAUGAUGAAUUUCAAGUUACGAUGCAUAACCAUCUUCUUUCUUCUCUUUGCUUUGGUUCUUGGAAAUUAUGUAGUUCAAGCCUCAAGACCUCGUUCUAUCGAAAAUACGGUCUCACUUCUCUCACAAGUACAUCUCCAGAAUUCAAGGAGAAGGCAUAUGAUAGGGUCGACGGCACCAACUUGUACGUACAACGAAUGCAGAGGAUGCAGAUACAAAUGCAGAGCAGAGCAAGUUCCAGUCGAAGGAAAUGACCCUAUCAACAGUGCUUAUCAUUAUAGAUGUGUUUGUCAUAGAUAAUAAUAAUAAAUCUCUUCUUUUUGCCCUUUCA